GCCCGCCGCCGUUUGAACAGAGACAUGGCGGCCGGCGCUGGGCCGGCGGUGCUGCCCGAGGAAUGGCGGCUGUACCUCGUCUCCUCCCGAGUCGCCACCUUCCGCAACUGGCCCUUUACCGAGGGCUGCGCCUGCACGCCCGAGCGGAUGGCGGCGGCGGGUUUCGUGCACUGCCCCAGCGAGAACAGCCCCGACGUGGCGCAGUGCUUCUUCUGCCUCAAGGAGCUGGAGGGGUGGGAGCCCGACGACGAUCCCCUGGAGGAACACAAAAAGCACUCUGCGGGCUGUGGUUUUCUUUCCCUUCCGAAAGAGCCUGCUAACCUGACACUACAGGAGUUCCUGAAGCUGGACAAAAUGCGAAUCAUAAAGGCAAUUAAAAAAGAGAUUUCUCAGAAGAUGACCGAGGUUGAAGAUGCAGCCAAGAGCACACGUUCUAAAAUAAAGAAUCUGGCCUAGACUGCUGCAGCUUCACACUUACUAGUGACAUCUUUCUUGUAAAUGUACUGUGGCACUGCCACUGUGACUGAAUGGCCGUGUUUACCAAGGCUGCUUCCAGACUGGCUGUCUCGAGAAGCAUGCUGAAUUCUGCUUCACUCACCUGAGUCUGUCUAGGAAGUACCUGUGGUUUGAUAUAUUGCAUACAUAAUCUUUCUCUGCACGGAUUCUCCUAAUCUUCCUGUUGGUUUUAUUAAGGAUUACUACUUGUAGGUUUACUUGUUCUCUUUUUUCUUUUUUGAAACCCAGCUGUUUAGAGAUAUUGCUGUAUUGUAGAGAUCCUGGUAGCUCUGGUGUUAAAACAUUUCUGGCAAGAAUUGACAGGCAUUUCCAUUUUUGUACUGAAUAUACCAAUGCUUUAGGAUAUUUUGGGACAUGAAAAGGGGAAGGAUUUUUAAAAAUCCUUCAGGGAUUUAGGACUGUGGCUAAUAACAUUGAAUUAUACCAAAGCUUAGUGUGCCUGGUAUCCUUGUAAACUUCUACUUGUAGUUGGCUGCUGCCUCAUGUUGAUCUAUGUAUAGAUAAAAGUUGAAGGCAGAACAGCAAAGUAGUUUUACUUGAUUUUCUGGAGGAAAGGAAUCUGACCUUCAAUGCAAUGGGCUGCAUUGAAUGCAUUUUUAACAUCAAAAGGGAAAAUAAGAUCAUCAGCCUCAGUGCUGUUGCCCAAGUGUCAAACUUUUUUAAGCAGCAUUCAUCAGGCAUUAAAGACAUUUCAAAGACAUUCAAAUUUAUUUGUGCCUGGGAAGGUUUGGUUUGUCCCUUUCCUUGCACAAGUUUGGAAAGGAAAAGAAAUUUGCAAAACAGUGCAGUUAGUGAGAAACUGCUCUGAACUGCUGGAAAGGAAUGGGGGGGAAUGUUGGAGAAAAUAUUUGACUGUUACAGGGCCCAAUCUGAUCGUACAGGGUUGUGAAUUUUGCGACAGAACUGAACACACAUGAUUACAUGCUCCCAAAGUAAGGGAACCUCCAGCUCUAUUUUGGGAAAAAGGUUGUAGUAACACGUUGACGACACCAAUGCUCCUGAGUUUCAUAAGUUUGUUCAAUGUUCUCUGUCCAACCGUACUUGGAACAAUGAAAUAACCUCAUUAUUUCCAGUUGUAACAGCCAAAUCAUAUGCUGAUUGCCCUUCUGCGUUCUUCUUUUGUGUGUUUGCAUUGCAGCUGUAAAUAAAGAACAAAUUGGUUUCAAA